CCCCGGCCGGCCCCGCGCUGGCUGCGGUUGAGCUUAAUGAUAUCGUCCAGCGACAUGUCCAUCUUGUCGGCCAUGAUGGCGGCUCCGCUCCGGGGCCUGCACUUCCGGCCGCGCUGCGCCGCCGCCGGAAGCGGAAGAGGCGGUGGUUGGGCGGCGGAGGCGCGGUCCCGGCGGCGGCGGCGGCGGCGAUGCGGGUGCGCGUGCGGAGCUGGCACGGGGUCGCGUCCUGGCUGUGGGUGGCGAACGACGAGAACUGCGGCAUCUGCCGGAUGGCGUUUAACGGCUGCUGCCCCGACUGCAAGGUGCCCGGGGACGACUGCCCGCUGGUGUGGGGGCAGUGCUCGCACUGCUUCCACAUGCACUGCAUCCUCAAGUGGCUGAACUCGCAGCAGGUCCAGCAGCACUGCCCCAUGUGCCGCCAGGAGUGGAAGUUCAAGGAGUGACGGUCGCGCCGGUGCACCGGGGGGGGGCGCUCCCCGCCCCGGGCCGUGCUCUGCCCUCAAUAAACGUGCGGCCGCCACUCGC